AUGGCAUUGGGAGUGGCAGGCGCAGAAAACAGGACCAGCAGACGCAAGCGCACCCGAGCAGCCUCCUCCGAACACCCCCCAGCCCAGCACCCCCCCCACCAUGACCACCGCCAGCCCAUGACGCAGGAGAAAGAGCAGCAGCAGCAGCCGGCCAAGAAACGACGCAAGGGCGUCGCCGGCAUCCUCUCCACCGCACUCGACGCAGCCCUCUUCACAUCGGCCAUCGGAUAUGCUGCCUAUCAGUUCUGGUGCGGCCGGACACUCGCAGAGGACGAGCAGGACCCACACAGCUUCGUAGCCCCGAUCUCCCCCAGGCCCAUCCCCGCCAAGCCCUCGCCAUCCAGCCCAGCCAGCACCCACGCCGCCCACCCAGCCGCCCACCAGAUCCUCUCGUCCCCCCCGCCGCCGCCCUACGAGCCGCGCCAGGCCGACCACCCCGCCCCUCCACAUCCGCCCCCUCGUCGCCCGCGCCUCCGCGCCUCCGUCUCCCGCCUCCACCCCGCCUCCCGCCCUGCCCCGCCCGGCCCGCCCGCCUUCCGUCCCCCCAUCAACUUCGUCCUCCAGCCCUCCGCCGCCGCCGCAAUGCCCGCCCCUCGCAGAACAGCCAACCCCACCCGCCACCACCGGCUCCCCGUCCGCAGACACACGGCCCAGAUCGACGACGAGCUGAUGGCCGACUUCGUCUGCUCCCUCGACCCCUACGUCCCCCCGCCCUCCGACCCCCUCUCGCCCGAGCACGCCAACGACCCCGAGGAAGAGGACGAGGAGGACGACCCGGAGAUGCGGGCGUUCAAGGCGCAGAUCCAGGGGCUCAUCGUCCAAGGCCAGGCCGCACUCGCCUCCAGACCCCCCCUCCUGCCCCCCAUCCCCAACUCCCACUCCCCCCUCCUCCCCCCCUCCCCAUCCGCCAGCCCCGCCCAUCGGCGCUCGCAGAGCCAUACCCUCGACCCGAGCCUCUCGCUCCUCCAGCAUGCCCUCGACAAUGCCGCCUCCAGGCCGGCCACCAACUGGUGGGAACGGUAG